AUAUUAGCUACGUCACAAAGCUGCGACAAGUAUAUCACGACAAGAUGGCGUCAGGUAGUGGGGCAAAGAAUGACUUUCGCAGGAAGUGGGACAAAGAUGAGUACGAGCAGCUGGCCCAGAAACGGCUCACGGAGGAGAGGGAGAAGAAAGAUGGCAAACCCACUCCCCCCGUUAAGCGGGAACUCCUGCGGCACAGGGACUACAAGGUGGACCUGGAGUCCAAACUGGGGAAGACCAUCGUCAUCACCAAGACCACUCCUCAGGCUGAGAUGGGCGGGUACUACUGCAAUGUAUGCGACUGUGUUGUGAAGGAUUCCAUUAACUUUUUGGACCACAUCAAUGGCAAAAAACACCAGAGGAACCUGGGCAUGUCCAUGCGUGUGGAGCGGUCCUCACUCGACCAGGUGAAGAAGCGCUUUGAGGUCAACAAGAAGAAGAUGGAGGAGAAGCAGAAGGAGUACGACUUUGAGGAGCGCAUGAAGGAGCUUCGGGAAGAAGAGGAGAAAGCGAAGGCGUACAAGAAGGAGAAGCAGAAAGAGAAGAAGAGGAAGGCAGAGGAGGACCUGAACUUGGAGGAAGAUGACGAGAUGGCCGCUGUCAUGGGAUUCUCAGGGUUCGGCUCUUCUAAGAAGAGUCACUGAUAUUCUAGCACCCCUUCAGGCUGUGGGAACUUCGCCCGGCCUACCAGCCUCCCCGCCCCCUCCAUCUCAUCAGACUGUGCUCAUCUGCUGCACUAGCCAGUCAUUUCCACAGGAGCCAUAGAUGCCAAAAAUCUCAUAUCCAUCCCAGCUCUCACUGUUACGGACACACACAGAGGUUCACGUGUCUCUGUUACAGACACACACAGACGCUCACGUGUCUCUGUUACAGACACACACACAGGCUCAUGUGCGUAGAAGUAACUGCCGACGGUAUUGACAGGGUUACUGGAGUUUUUUGCUCACCUGUGCUAUUAUCUUUUAUUUAUAUCUUUUUUUUAAUUUAUGUCCACAUUCCAGUCAGACCAACCAGCAGAACUGUUCACAAGGCCUUGAACAGGUCUUUACCGACCGAGCACGGAUGGGGUGCUGUGUUGUGUUCACCACUUGCCUGUAAGACUAUGUUUCCCAAGGGUCCGCUACCCCUCGCCUGUAUAUUCCAUCAAUAGCACACAACAAAAACAUAAUGUUUAUGUUAUUGUUAUCAUUUUUAACAGUAACAAUAAUGUUAAUCACGAGUAAUCGCACAGGAAAACCUUUCUGGACUGAAGUUUCAAAGAAUAAAAUUGUAAAUUUUUUUGAGUGAGUAA